CCUGCUGACAUAGCGAACUUUUAUAGGCCUUUGCAGCGGUCGUACAUACAAUAAUGCAGUAUCAGGUAGAGGAGAUGAAAUUGAGGGACAAGUGUGAGGACACACGGAAAGAGCUUACACGCAAAGCCCGACAGUUCGAUGACUGGCAAAAUAAAUACAUGUCGCGGAGGACACCACCUGAUGAGAUGGAUCCGGACAGGGCACAAGAUAAAGAUGUGAUUGCGGAAAGGAAGUUAGUAGUGGAUAAUGUGAAUCAGAAGAUGAAAGCGGACGAAGAAGCUUACCAGACACAGUGUAUUCAAGUUAGGGAGAAGUCAUUGACGAGUCUGAAAACCCGACUGCCAGAGGUUUUCCAGGCAGUGUUCGAAUUCUCUUGUGCUUCUUCAGAUAUGUACAAGAACUUGUGGUCCAUUUCACAGUCCGGUAAGCUGAAUGAGAGCUUGUAAUCAAAUUUGGUUUGUGUGCAUAGCUAUAUGCCUAAACCCGAACCAAUAUAUAUUAUAUUGCAUAAAAUUAUAUUUAUGUUGAGUUGUCUUCGUAAAUAUUUAGAUAGACAAUAUUACCCUGAUCGUGCUAUAUAAGAAAAAUUAUGGCAAAUCGGACUCAUCUUUAUACAAUUGUAUAUUUGUAUAAGAACCGUAUGUAUGAUUGUUUGUGGUUUUUAA